UUGUCCUUAGCCAUGUACUGUAGCUAGCUAGGAAGUUGAUGUCAUCAAGUUUCACAUGAUGUGUUGCGACGUCCAAACAUCAAAACAUUGCUAGCAAAUUGUAAAAAGAAAUGGAUAGUAACAAUAUAAUUCCAUUAAAUAACGACAGUAGACGCUGUAUUUUCUUUAAUACAGAUUCUGACGACUAUCGAUGUGUGGUGAUUCUCACAGUGAAGCGAGCCACAGGCACCUUCUCACUGAUAGGAUGCUUUUUCAUGCUGUUUGUAAUCUGGCUUCUGCGCCGGUAUCACUCCUUGGCCCAGAAGAUGAUUUGCAGUCUGACAGUAGCGGCCUUCUUUGACAGUGUAGCGUAUGUCAUGGGUGAUACCCAUCCAGAGGGGAGUCUGUGUAACUUCCAGGCCUGGUGGCUCACUUAUUUUGACUGGAGUGCCCUGGCCUGGGUGUGCCUGAUCACAGUGAACCUCUACCUUAACCUGGUCAAAGAGAUGAGCACCAGCCACUACCAGCUACUGUACCACCUGAUGGCCUGGGGGGUGCCCCUGGUGAUGUCCUCCCUGCCCCUGUUCAGUGGAUACUACGGCCCAGCAGGAGCCUGGUGCUGGAUCACAGACGACCACGUAGCUUGGAGAUUUGGGAUAUGGUACGUCCCACUCUUCACCCUCAUCUUCCUCAUGAUCUGCUGCUACGCCAGAAUAAUCUACGUAGCCAAUGAGAGGAUGCAGUCGUGGUUUGGCACCUUCAACCCAGAGAGGGAGAGGAGAAAGGUGUCUUUGGCUGAGGAGAUAAAGCCGUUGAAGUGGUAUCCAUCCGUUUAUCUCCUGGUGUCUCUGUUCCCCCUCAUCAACAGGCUCCAUAAUGCGUUCUACCCCCAGGAUCCAGUGUUCUCUCUUACUUUGCUCCAUGUCCUUUCAGCCCCUCUCCAUGGCUUGGCCAACGCAUUCGUCUUUGGCCUGGACAGAGACACCUGGAGCCAGCUCAGUCCUACAGGCAUACAGUUGGCGCUGCAGUCUCGGCUGUGUGACAGGACGCGUAUCAGGGAGUACCAUGCUGGGGCGGUGCACUACACGCAGGCUGAGCUGGGAGACUUCAGUGACGAGGAUGAUGAUGACACCAACGUCCUUUUCUACUCCCCUGACAUGACCCUGAAAGACAGAGGACCCUAAGAGAGAGGCAGACAGACAGAGCAAGCGAGAGAUUCAUUCUGAGGGGGGAUACGUAGGGAGGAAGAGAGAAAGGGAGCGAAGGAGGGAUAGUGAGGGGUUUCUGUGUUAGGUCUGUCAGGAUCCAUUAUUAAUCCACAUCCUUUACUAUUUAAUAACCUCCAACUACACACACACACACACACACACACACUAUCCUGCUUUGCUAUCUGACUUACACAGCAUCGUAACAAAACCAGCAAAGCAGCUAUAGUGCUUUAAACAGCCUUCAACCCUAAUGCUACACACUAGCCUGGGUGCCAGUCUGACUCUGCUUCAGUCCUAGUCAACUGCAGAGCUGGCUAAGGAAAGAACAGACUGUCCUGGUACCCAGGCUAGCAUAUCACUAGUCCCAAGGGGCUUCCUCUCCUCACCUCCUUUCCUUCAUCUGCACUGAUCUGAAAAGACAGGAUAGGUGAAAGCAAAAUGUGUGUUUAAUGUUCAAAGGAGAGGAAAACCGUUAAGACUAUUGUCAUGUACCCAGGAACUGCACAGUCACUUGCUCACUGAGCUCUCCAUGUUAUUUUUACAUUUACAUUUUUUUGUCAUUUGGCAGACGCUCUUAUCCAGAACGAUUUACAGGAGACAUUAGGGUUAAGUGCCUUGCUCAAGGACACAUCGACAGAUUUUUCACCAAGUCGGCUCGUGGAUUUGCACCAGCGACCUUUCGGUUACUGGCCCAACACUCUUAACCUCUAGACUACCUGCUGCUUAUGCUGUUAGCUUGUGUUUAUUAUGUUAUUUAUGGCUUCUUUUUUUUACUGUAUGACUUCUGUUAGCAAAUCCUUCCCAAGAACAUGUUGCGAUCACGGUAAUGCCCAGCAUUAUAUGUGACUUUCGGAGCUCUGAGGGGUAUAAUACAACACAAGUUAAACAAGUUAGCUAGCUAACUUACCUGAAUAUUCUGACAUAACUUUUUCUUUUUUAGGAAGAUAAGCUUGAAAUGGGCAUGGUCUAAUUGACUCAACAACCAAAACCCAAAUCUAAGUUUAGCCUUCUUAAUUAACCAGAAAAUCUGUAGUUAUUUCUGCUUGUUUAUAAGUUAGCAGGCUAACUCAUUGAUCCUGCUUUGUAGUUUACCCAUCUGGUGCUAAUGCUACAGUAGCUGACCAUACAGGUUCUCUAACUCAACUCAACAUGCUAAAAAGGCCUCAAUUCAAAACAGACAGAUAAAUGGAGGGAGGAAAAAAUGUAAAGAAAGGGAGGGGGUGAUGGAAUUGUGAAACCAAGAUAGGGAAUGGGGAGAGGUAGCAAGAGAUAUCUUAGAACAAUUCAUGUCCCAACGAUAGCUGGGGAUUUAAACGAACAAAAUCCAGUAUUUGAACAGUUUAACUUCUAUCACACCUGUUGUUGUCUUUACAUAUGGCAUUACUAAUGUUGCUACUCUUGUAAAACGUCCGUUGUUUUUCGUACUUUUAUGCAGCUAUGUUCUUUUUUCCAUGAAAUGCUGUGGUCUGCCCACAGGUUUGAGUUUGUUUGAUAAACUGUUAUACUGUAUUUAUAAGAGACAAUGUACUGUAUAUAUAUUAGUGUAUACUCUAUAUUUUUGUAUGGAUGCUUUUGACUGGAAUGUGAAAAGGUUAACUUGACCCCUAAAUGGUCUCCAUGUCCUGCUGUUUAGGCCUCAAUGGGGGUGGGAGCAGUAAAAUUGAACACACACACACUUUCUUAAAAUGUGUCUCUCACACUUACACUCUUUCUUUGAUGCCUGUCUCACAGAAAUGCAUGUGCACACACACACACACACACACACUUUGACACACAGUCACCUGUCUCUUUGAUGUAGCGGCUGCCACAAGGACAGUAGGAGCCUCUGACGGUCUGUCAUUGACCUUCGACACUAUGUCAUUGGCUGACUUCUAGAGAACCGCAAUGUGAUUAGCAGGCUGUUAGAGGUGCUGUGUGGUUGACGGGCUGAUGAAAAGAGAGAUGUGAUUUUGCUGAACAUCCUGACAAGGGUGUUCCUUUCCCAAAUCAACCCCGUAGUCCCAGUGCACUUAUGGAGAACUGGAUAGCUAUUAGUGAAACAGUAAUCUACACAAGUGCACAAGAGGUAUGGGGCAAGGGGUACAUUUGGGGAUGCGCAUAUAGACCUAACACAGAAUCCUAUCUACACAUAAUUAUACAGUCCCCUCUCAAACCACAUACAAUCGCUGCACCAAUCCCAGUUUAGGCAUACUUCUAUUGUUCUGCUGUACACUCCAUCUAAUAAACAAGCAGGAUACACAUUUCA